AUGAAGGAUGCAACUGAAUAUAUUUUACCAUGCAAGAGAAACGACGUCAAUAUCAACAAAUGCUUAAUAAAUACUUUCAAUCAUCUAAGGCCUUAUCUUAAGGAUGGCAUCUCAGACAUUGAUGUACCAAGUAUAGACCCUUUGGUAAUUGAUAACCUAGUAAUGGAAAAUGGACGUGGACCAGUUCGGGUUAAAGCGAUAUUCUUCAAUAUUACCACAUUGGGAGCCAGUAACUAUACUGUUUCUGCAAUAAAAACGAACUUAGAUAAGUACAUAAUUGAAUUAGGAAUAAUAUUGCCAAAAGUGGAAGUCAGAGGAGAAUAUGACGUGGAUGGAAAUGUUUUACUAUUUCCUAUUAAGUCAAAAGGAGACUUCGUGGCUUUAUUUACCAAUGUCGAGGGGGUGGGUAAAAUUUUUGGAAAGGAAAUUACGAAUGAAGCCGGAGUCAAAUUUAUGAAGGUCGACAAAUUGUUGGUUGAUUUUAGACUUAAAAAAAGUCGAUUUAGAAUCAAAGAUAUUGUUAAUCAUGGAAAUUUAAUAGGUGAAGCGAUGAACCAAUUCAUUAACGCCAAUUCAAAAGAGAUCAUCAAAGAAAUGAAACCUGCUGCUAGUGCAGCCAUUGCCAGCCACUUUAAAAGCUUUUUAAAUCGUGCAUUUGUAAAACUACCAAUGCAAGUUUGGCUACCUGACUCUUAG